AUGUCUGACAACCGCCUGAUAUCCCAUCGUACAACACGUCGAAACCCCGGAGAAUCGAUACCUCAAGUUGAUAACCCGGAGCGAAUCAUCUUUCCGCCUCGAGGUGCCCCUACCCCGUUAUCUUACACUACCCCUGUCACUACCCCUGUUCGGCCUACUUCAGCUCCGCCAAUCCUGCCUUUGGUCGAAUCGACGGGUUCGACUCCGUUGAUAGUUCAACAGUGGGAUUCCAUAGUUAACCCACCGAAUCGGCAAGGCUACCCUGUUAUCACAGCGAACUGGCCCUUAGGAUCUGACUCAGUCUCUCUUGAUCAAGUUUCUGAAGAAUCACUCGCAGUUGACCGACGUGUUAAUCCUCCGGGUUCAGAUCUUCGACAUCCUCGUCGUAGUAUUCCUGGCAAUUUCGACCCACAUACCUCUUUCAUCAGCUCGGGCGAAGAAACCUUUCGAAACAUGGCAAAUCAACAAUCAACUUCGAUGCCUGCCGAUCUCGAUGUGAGCACCGAGUUCGCCCGAAUGAAACUUGACAAUGACGGACUACGAUCAGACAACGCGGAUCUUCGUAAGGAAAUCGGCGAGGUCCGUAGCCUUCUACAGAACUUCUUGCAAAGCCAACGACCUCACGACGGACAUCGCGACGGCAACGCGACCUCACAUGGUGAAACGUCUACUCAGAGACCCAAUGCAGACCAUGACGUGACACCUCAAAUGUUCACGUCGACGCCGGCGGUAGGACGACAGAACCUGUUCAACAUCCCACCUUCUUUACCUUCCGUUGCCGAUACGCCAGUCAAUACGGUACCGGCAGCUGCUGAUCUGUCCAACUUUCGAGCUACUGAUUGGCCUCAGUACAAAGGCAAGUUUGGCGAUGUCGCUGCCUUUCGUAUGUGGCAAUACCAGAUGGAGACGACUUUUCGAGUUAAACAAAUCGACCGACCUGAAGAUCGUUUUCGGAUUCUCCCGUUGGUUCUAGCUAAUGACCCGGCCUCAUCUUGGUGCCGCAGAUCUGAACGUAAUUUUGAUGGUAAAUCGUGGGAUGCGGUGAUGUUAGAGAUGCAAGGAGUAGUGUUACCGGUUGGGUGGGAUGAAGCAGCUCGAGAACGUUUGCGUGAAUUGACGAUGAAGGUGAAUGAGUCGGUGACUGCAUAUUGUGGACGAGCAAGAGUGAUCCAAGAAGAAAUUGGAGUUGAAGAGUGUGAUGAUGAGCAUUUAGCUAAUGCUGUGGUAGGAGGAACUUCAGGGACCUUUAAGGCUUGGAUCAAGAUGGAGCGGGUCGUGAAGAAUAGUGUGGAUCCGGUAACGAAGCGCUUCUCAUUCCCAAUCUUUGAAGAACGACUCGGUGCCAUCUUCCUGCUUACCCAAGCAGUUGAUGGACGGAACGGUGGUCGCUCUCACUUGACGACUGGAACCUCUUCAAACGCUAUGGGAACGGUGCCAAAUGUUCAAUCCCGGCCAGCUCAAUCGGCUCAAUCGACGGCUCCAUCUGCGACCCGACCACCAUUGUCUCCUGAGGAAAGCCAAGCUCGUAAUGUGCGUUUCGGUGCAUACAUGCGAUCGAUUGGACUUUGUCCUCGAUGCAAGACUUCGUGCAACAAGUGGUUAGGCGGCUGUGAUGCGAGGCCUAACAAUACGUUCUUCUCAGUCCCCAUGGACUUUCCUCGUGCACCUCCUUAUCCACCAGCUAAAGGCAGUUCAUCGGUACCAGCGCCGAGAGCUUCGAUGGCACCUGGAGCUUCAAGACCACCACGUAGAGUCGAUGUAGCAGCAGUAGAUCAAGGAAGGGAGGUAGAUGUUGCGGCUGUUGGGGUGUUUCCGGACUUAGGACGCGCUGAUCUUGCGGCUUACGAACAAUUGAUGGAACACCUGAACGGACCGCAGGAUGAAGAUGUAGAAAAACCCUGA